CCUGUCAGAGGAAAAAAAACGAGAGGGAGGGAGAGAUGCGGACUGAGAUGGAGCGGUUGGAGGGGGCGUGCAUCUCUGUAGUUGCUCAUGGCUUGACGACUGGCAGAGGUACGAGGCUGCUGAUCGCAACCCUUUCUGUAUUUCGAGAGAGGACCGUGGAUUUUUAAGCGUUGUACACAAAGGGGAAUUAGCGCUUAACCUGGACUAAAGGAUACACAUCUUCCUUGGUAUCUCCUUAUCCCAUACCCUGCCGCAGAGGACGCCAUCGGAGAGGAGCAACAUAGACCUGCAGUACCACAGUGGAAGAAUGGUGUGAUACAGAGGGACAGCUAGAGAGCUGAGGGACCAGUCGCUGCUGACCAGUCAAAGGCAGAACAUGGCCACGUCUCUCCUUCUCCUCGGCUUCCUUCUCUCCCUCCUUUAUCCUUCAGAUGCCCAGACCAUCGUUGGCCCUUCCCCUUCCUUCCCUCUUUCAAACCCCCCUAUUAACUCGUCAUCUCAGCCAACCAUGCAGAGUCCGAGAUUUUGGCCUUCUUUGCCUCCCAGAGGGCGUAGUGAUGUGCCCGUCAGAGCGACAGCCCGGGAUAGAGUGACAACUACGGCUGCAGUGACACAGGGUCAAAGAACAUCCCGUCCUCCUGCACAGUCGUCUUCUUCUUUUAUAUCUGCCCUUUCUACACAGAACCUCAGCAGAGGGCCGGUUUUAACUCGGCCAACUGCCUCCAGGCCCAGGACUGAUAUGGCUAGUUUAGCAAUGAGCACUUCGUUAGCAAAAGGAGAUGUGCCUACAAAAGGCUCACCUCCACCUUUGCCCACUCUGCCCUCCUCUGCUGUCCUUGAGUCUGCAGGUGUUAAACCUGUGACAGCAGAAAAUCCACAGACGGAAUCUGUUAAAGAUAAUGAGGAGGAUGAGUUGCUGGAGUUGGGGUCAGGUAGUAGUCAGGAGUCACCUGUCCCUGCGCCAACAGUUGCUGAUGAAAUGGCUGAUGAAAUGGCACAGUAUCGGACUCACACACAGACUGCCGUAUCUGAAGUUUCUGAUGUGGAAAUACCACCAACGGACAGUCACAGUGCAAAGCCUCGCCUGUUUGGGCUUACAACAGCCAGUAAAAUCUCUACCACGCCACAGACUGAAACCAGGGCCACACUUUCCCCUGUGGUGACACAGGCGACACCUCGGACAGUUGUGUUAACAGGUGCGCUGACAGCGAGCACUCCUUCCGCUGCCAGAGAUACUCCGAAGCGGGAAUCUUCUGAAGAGACAUCGCCCCAGACGGCAAAUGACACCACUGGCUCUAUCGACAAACCGACACAGACUGCAGGACAACCAGUCACUGCCACAACACAGCAGUCAACGACCACAUCUACAACCACGAAGCUUACUACUACUCAAGAGGCUGAAAUAACAUCAGCCAAAAAAACAAAUCAACCCAACAAAACAGCACAACAUGGAAGAAAUACAGCCAGCACAACUAUACAGCUGUCAAGGGCAGGGACCUCUUCAUUCCUUGCCACUGGUGUUGUACCUGUUGUCCGAACAAGGUUAAGUCCCACAUACCAGACUGGUAUUGUUCAGAGGAACCGCUCCAUACAUUUAGGACAUCCUCACCAAGCUCCCCACUCCACUUUAAAUCCAGCGCCCACACCAGGUACCAGUCCCUCACCCAAUGCAACACUUCUAUACUGGGGUGACCUGAGUCGAACACUGGCUUUUGCCUGGGAGCUGCAUGUUUAUGGCUCAGCGAGCCUCUUCCUCCUCCUGUUUGCUGGAGCUGCUCUCGGCCUCACCCUGUCUCCUGGUGCAAACUGUCCACAUCGGGGGGCUCUUGGACUGGCCAACGCUCUGUUGUUUCUGGUCGGAGGCCUUCGGGCAACUUUGUUUCUGAUUGACCCCUAUGGCACAAGAAAUUUCCUUCCUCGUCCUGCAGUUACAGCCCUCUACAACUUGCCUUUACACCUGCUUGUGUGGGCACAGGCUGCCCUGGCGCUGCUUGCCAUGCGGGUGAAAGGAGUCAGUGUGUUACCUUCCACUUUGGAGCGUCCUCCUCUUGUGGCUGUGUUAGCCGUGUUGCAGUGUACCCUGCUCCUGGCAGCGGAUCUACUUUCCCCAGCCCUCUCCCCUUUGGUGCCUGUCACACUUCAGGUGCUGUCACUAUGCUGGGGUUUGAUUAUCUGCCUGGGCUUCUUCUGCUAUGUUUUUCCACGUUUACGCUGCCCUCCGAAUCCCUACCCCGGAGCCCCUGAAGAGGCUCAGAGGAAGGCUUGGACAGGGAGAAGGAGGAUGGGGGCAAGCCUGGGGAGAGUGCUUGCCGUGUGUGCAGUUCUGGGUGCACUGUGCUGUGGGCUGCAUGUUCAUGCCACCCUGUGGCUCUAUGGACUGUUAGGUAACUGGACAAGCUUCAACUGGGGAUGGUGGCUGGUACACUUCUGGGCUCGUCUCCUUGAGCUUGCCUGGGGUUUCUCCCUCCUUGUCUUGGGUUCAUGGGUAUUCUGGAGGCCUGAAGGAUGUGGCAGAAGAGAGGAGGCUGGACAAGAUGGAAGAGCCACAGGAGACCUGCCAUCCCCCGGUCAAUCUGUUGGCUCCAAUCAAAGACAUACUUGCUGGUCCAAGAUCGUCCAGAGCCUGAGGGGGAAGCCCUGUAGAAAGUCUGACAGUAAUGGGGUGGGAGGAGGCGGAACUGGGGAGGUUCCUAACAACUGGGCUGGCCAAGAGCGUCCUGGAGCUGACAUCAGCAAGAGUCUGAUCAGGAAUCAGAACCCCGAGCAGCCCUCUGUCCAGGCACGCUGCAUCAAAGACAGCAACAGGGGACGCAACCAUCGGGGCCACUCUGCAGAACGAGGCGUAUCUGAUGGCUCCUCAGGCUCCCUGCUGAGACUGCAGCCCAUUGGACCGCCCCCACAGCGCUCAGUCAGUGGCAGUCUGGAUCAGGACCGGGACACUUCACUGUCCUUUUAUGAGUUUGAUCUGAGGCCCCCAUCUCCUAUUGACCUGACCCGCAGCAUUGACGAAGCACUGCACCGGGAGCACCUGCUGGAAGGAGGGAGCUUGUUCCAUCCUUUGAACCACACCUCACAGUGCCCCUCCCCAGGCUCAGGGGUCAGCCAGGGACCCUGGCUCCGCAGGAACAGUGAUCCUCAGAUGCUGUCAGAGAGCAGUGAUGCACCAACAGAGUCUUCCAUGCCACUGGGUGGCAGCAUUCUUAGCAGUGUGCCCAGCAGACAGGUGACUGCUCCCCCAACACCCUCUCACCAGGGUCACAGGUGGGCAGGGAACGCUGUAGGAAGUGUCCCUUCAUCAGUAUCCUGCCCCGUGUCACUUCAUCCCUCCAGAACAUCAACAGGUAAUCUGGGGGAGGAUGGAGUGGAUGACACGCGGCCUUUCAUCACCCCAGACUCAGAGAGGGUGCGAGGGAGGGCCGGGAGGCCUGCUGGGUCACGGAGUUACCUGGAGGUCAGCAGGCAGGACGACUCUGCCAGUGUCAGCAGUGAAAUUAUUGAUCUAUGAACCAAACCUUGGACAAGAGGACCAAGGACUGCACCCAUUUAACAAAUACUGUUCCUCACAAAGACUUCCUUCGACAAAUAUUGUGAUUAUUCUUCCAGUCAAUUGUCUAAAAAUGUGUUAUUUUUAGAAGAGGAAUAUACUUUAAAGUGUCUCUGGGUGAUGACCCUAAAGGAUAUCACUUAGGUGCCUUUUACUUUGUUAAAGGGUUAAAAAACUAUGGUUGUGGAACAGAUUUUGUAUACUUUUACUCUGAGAGUAAGGCUAGGUGAUGUAACAAAACAGAAUUCUCAGAACUGCCCCCAUCUCUCUCUCAUGCACACAUUAUAUCCUUCAAUUUUUUUUCUCCUGAUUUUCUCUCAAAUGCAUACAAAUCCUUUAGACCCGUCGGACUUCAUGUAUACUAGUAUCAUGCUGUCUUUACAUAUUAGCUCCAAAACUCCCUGUCUGGUAUCAACAUUACUCAUAGUUUCAACGUGUAUGAUGGCUUAAAGACAAACAUUAGUCUUAAGUGUCAGUAUUUCUUUUGUUUCUGUGAAAAAAAUGUUUGCAUGUGUGAAUAUCAUGGGUUAUUUUUAGUGUUCAUUUGCUGUCUCCCACAUUUCAAUUUGGUUGGUGAUGUAGAGAUGUGCAAUACAUGUACUUGGUUGGUUCUGUGCUAUUUGUAUGAUUCUAUAAACCCUUUUACUGGGAUGAACCCUCUAUAGCGUCUUACCAGUAUCAUAGUGACUCAGCAUAAGAUUACUCCUAAGCUCCUAACAUGCUGUUCUGUUGUUUGUGUCCAGUCUGCAUUGUAUGCUAAUGUCAAACUGGUUACAGAAAUAGAGACGCAGUAAACAACUGGAAGAGGCAGAAAUAUGGUAAUAUAUGAAAGUGUUUCUGAGGCUUUAAGCCGUUGCUGAAAUUGUCUUAGAAAUGAGCUUCACCUAUGAGAUUAUUGCAUCCCAACGUGUUUUUGGAUGUACGACAAAGCUUUUGCAAACAACAAUAAUGCACCAUAAAAGCCUCUGACUGCACUGCAUAGAAUGUGACUAAGAAUAUGAAACAUAAUCAUGAUCCUAUCAGUUGCAUUGACUCAAUUUUAACUUUUGAAUAUGUUAACUAUUGAAAUGCUGCACAGCUUUGCAGGGCUGCACCUCACAGGACAGGCUUGGCAUGAACCUCAGAUAUACAGUACUAGACGUUACUCAAUAACAGAGCACUUAACAGUUAAGCCUGAGCACUAGACCGAAGUAUUUUACUACUUAAGAGGAAAAUAUAUUUCAAUGAUAUGAUGUAUAAGCAACAAUGUAAAUAUGUUUAUUUUUGAUGUUUAUGAAUAAAGGUGUAUUUGAAUCAUAGUAGUAGUUCCUACUGUGAAAGACAAUCUAAAGAGGUCUUGCUUUUAGGUCUGAACUGUGCAGAAACUUUGCUGUUUUGACAUCAGAUUGUGGCCUGUUCAGCACAGGCAGAGCUGUGAACGUUAAUACUUGACUCAAGAGGUUAUUUCGAGGACUUUGGUUUGGCUAUUCAAAGUAUUUUAUGAUGCAGGUUGUGCAAAACUAAAAACAAUGUAGUAGUUCAAAAGGAUAUUUGAUCACUUUAUUUUUCAUUAAAUAAUGACAAAUGUAUUGGAAAUACAGACAGCAUUUCAUCUAAAUCAAUAUAAAGUCUAUUGAUUAACUUUGAAUCUUUUUGGAGAUCCUUAACAAAAGCACAGUGGCUUUCUUAUUUCUGUUACAUUUGCAUUGUGUUGUUCCCACAUUCGAUUUUUUUUUUUUUUUAAAUGGACUGUCAAGGUUUUUUUUUCUACUGCAAUGUUAUCCUGAGUGACUGUUGUAAACACUAAAUGAUACAUUCCAAGAAGUGUAAUUUUUCUAAAAUGCAUUAAUAUCAUUUUGGAAUAAAACUGAAUUUGAGCCUCUUUCCCUGCAGGUCCAUGAGUUAUUUUCUAGUUACCUUGGCGUGACUUGCAGUACCCCCCAGUGAUGUGGAAUGCUUGACUUGUUUAGUAUUUCAAGUACAAUGGCCUUAUGUUAUUGUCUGCAUUCCAAUGAAUCCAUAAGAUUUCAUUAUAUCGGUAUUUACCAUUACCCCAUUUCCUUUUUAGCCAAUAUGUUACCCCAAAUACAAUUGUCACCCCCUCUGCAAUGCAGAAUGUGCCAUAGAAAAAUACAAUAUUGUGCCCUCUCCAGUCUGUAAUCACAGUGCAACAGUAAAGUGUUAUAUUAAUGUUUAUUAUUCUCAUCCAACUUUUGCUAUGUAUUUCUUGCUGAUUUUCAUGUCUGGAUUCCAAUAAAAACAACAACACUUGAAACCCC